AUGUGGAAGAAUAUUAAUCAUCAGAUUAACAAAAGAUCAAAGUCGUCAAACAUUCCAGCACUUGAAAUUAACGAGCAAGUGUUUGUAGAAGAUUCCAAUAUAGCAAAUUUAUUCAAUGAUUAUUUCGCUGACAUUGGAUCGACUUUGUCAAGUCAGAUUGCUGAAUCCAGUAUGAGUUUUGAAAGAUAUAUGAAAUUUACAGCUCAAAACCAGUUUAUUUUUAAAAGCAUCCAAGUUCAAGAUGUAGUUAAUGAAAUUGGUAAAAUAAAUGUGUCGAAAUCAAUAGGACCAGAUAAUAUUCCGGCCAAACUUUUAAGAGAUUCAAAAGACGUAGUGGCCCCCUUUUUGGCACUUAUUUUCAAUACUUCUUUAAAUAAUUGCAUUUUCUCAGACGAUCUUAAAACGGCAAGGAUUUCUAAAAUAUAUAAGUCUGGAAAUAAGAAAGUGCGUUAUUGCAAAAUUAUUUGA